AGAAAAGGCAUAGAGCUUUGGGCUACGGAGGGGUAGAUUUUUAGUUUUCUCAAAGGAGAGGAGUAAAGCAAAAAACUUUCAAAAAGAAAAUCCCUUCUACUUAAAGUCUACACAUAUAGAUGAUAGAAAAGAAAAAAGAAACAAAAAGGAAAAAGAAGAGAAGCUCCAUCUCUCCUUCAAAGCAAAGCCAUAUAUCCCCAUAAAACCUUUCAUUUCCACCUCUAAUUUUAUUCAUCUCUAUCAAAUCAAAACACCCAACAUUUCUUUUCUUGAUUUAUAGUAGCUUCAGAAAGAGAGAGAGUUUAGAAAAAAAAAAAUGGAGAAAACCAUCUUGCUUCUUUUCCUCGUCCUUGCAUUAGUGAGAGUGCAUGGAAUUGAAGAGAAUGACAUUUUGAAUGAGAGUUUUUUCACGCAUGAAGGAGAGAUGGAGGAGUGGUAUGAUUAUGAAAGAGGAGGAGACGGAGAUGAACGGUUUGGAUUUCAUGCAUUGGGGAGUGAACGGAGUGGGAGAGUUGUGGUGAAUGUUGAUAGCUUUGGUGCUGUUGGGGAUGGCGCUUCUGAUGACACCCAGGCGUUCCGUAGUGCAUGGGAGAUGGCAUGCGCCAUUGACAAAUCGGUAUUUCUGGUGCCCGAAGGACGUCGCUACCUUGUUAACGCAACUAGAUUUAGGGGUCCCUGUGCUGACAGUUUUAUUAUCCAGAUAGCAGGAACGAUCAUAGCACCAAGCGAGCCCAUGGACUGGGACCCGAAGAACCCAACCGUCUGGCUCGUUUUUUCCAAAUUGAAGGGGGUGAUCUUCCAAGGUGGUGGAAUUUUCAAUGGCUCGGGUACCAAAUGGUGGGCCACAUCUUGCAAGAAACUCAAAACAAAAGAAUGUCGGUCCAGAGCUGCUCCGACGGCACUAACCAUCGACUCAAGCUCAGCUAUCAGGGUGAGGAACCUCAAACUACAAGACAGCCAGCAGAUACAUUUUGCAAUCUCACGCUCAGAUUCGGUGCGGGUGUCUGAGAUCCUCAUCGAGGCUCCAUCCGACAGCCCCAACACUGACGGGAUACAUAUCAGUGACACGACUAACAUUGUUGUACAAAACUGCAAAAUUGGAUCAGGAGACGACUGCAUCUCCAUCGUCAAUGGUACCUCAAAUCUGAAGAUGAAGAACAUUGAUUGCGGACCAGGACAUGGAAUCAGCAUAGGGAGCCUGGGGAAGGACAACACAAUGAACAUAGUUACAGGGGUGGUUUUGGAUACAGCAAUACUCAGAGGAACGACAAAUGGAUUAAGGAUCAAGACCUGGCAGGGAGGGUCUGGCUAUGCUCGCUCAUUGCGGUUUGAAAACGUGAAGAUGAUUGAUGUUGCCAACCCCAUCAUCAUCGACCAGUUCUACUGUGAUUCCUCAACUCCUUGUCAAAACCAGACAUCAGCUGUGAAGAUAAGCCAAGUCAUGUACAGAAACAUCAGCGGAACUUCAAAGACUCCAAAGGCCAUGAAAUUCGCCUGCAGUGACACAGUUCCUUGCAGCAACAUCAUCUUGGCUAACAUCAACCUAGAGAGGGACAAUGGCACUGCAGAGACAUUCUGCAACUGCGCCAUGGGAUUCGACUAUGGGGUUGUGAAGCCUUCGGCAGAAUGCCUGCAUGUAGACGAGGACUCCCGUUGCGACACAAAACAAGAUCACGUCCAAAGGAAAAUCCAUGAUCCGGUUCAUACAGAAUUGUGACUUCUCCAGACAAAAUGCAAACUUUUGUUCUGGCAGAAGUUUGCUUUUGGGCACUUACAGUAUUGUGGUUGAUUUCUAAGGCUGGAUAGUUCAUAUAACCGCGUAGAAAAGAGGUUUGAUGAAAAAGGUUCGAGUAGGAUCCACAUCAGCUAUAAGGCAAAAAUUUCAGAUGCAGUUAUGUUUGUAUUUUUUAUAAAUUAUGUUUGUAUACUUUAGAUUAUCUACAAUCACAUUUACUGAAGAGAAA